GCUAUUCCUUCCACCCAACGUGAACGGAUCUGAUAUCAGGAUUGAGGACCAUGAUGUUUUUGCAGGCUUGCAGGUCUGUUGGUCUCCUGCUUCCCCUGCUACUGUUGGUGCAGUCCAACCCCAUUCCCAGUGACUCCCUGCCGAUAGACUGUGAGGACAUCUUCAUCAACGAGUCGAGACACGAUGGCUACUACACCAUCUACCCCUUUGGGGAGGAGAGGCCCCUGGAGGUGUACUGUGACAUGAGCUGCGAUGAAGACGAAAGCCAUGAAAGCCAGAGAGGACAGUGGACGGUGAUCCAGAGAAGAUUUGAUGGCAUACUGAAUUUCGUGAGGCCCUACGAACAGUAUAUCAGCUAUUUUGGAGUCAAGGACGGAGAGUACUGGCUUGGUCUUCAAAACAUGCACCUUCUCACAUGGGGGGGCAGGUAUGCGCUGCAAGUGGACGUAGAAGACUAUGAUGGCGGCAGGGCCUCAGCUUUGUACAACUCCUUCAUGGUAGAAUCAGAGACACAUGGAUUUAAACUCAGUAUUUCUGAAUUCACGAAUCUCGGUGCUGGUGAUGCUCUGGCACGUCACAAUGGUGCUAUGUUCUCUUCCUUUGACAAGGACCAGGAUGGCAAUGCAUAUCGUUUCUGGGGAGCUGGUCCAAAUGGAGGGUUUUGGUACCAUAGUGGCUAUGAUUGCUGUCAAGCCAAUGUCAAUGGGUUGUACAAAUACAAGAUCGAUCAUGCUGCUAGUAAGGGGGGAAUAUUUUGGUCAACUUGGUCGGCAUCAUCCUCACUGAAAGCCGUCACCAUGAAGAUUAGGAGGAGGCCCAUAGACGAGUUGUUAGCAGAGACCGAGUGAAAAACAGCCUUACUGUAGGUUGUCACGCCUCUCUUCUCUUGUGAAUGUCAGGACAUUACAUUACAUUCAGUGUGUACACAGUGUGGGGGGAUAGAGAGUACACCUACAUCCGAGUUUAUUCAGGGUGAGAUUUUAAGGGUGGUGGUGGUGGGGCAUACGGUGAGACAUGCGCAUACGGUGAAUGAAUGCAUUGAUAGCCUAUGAAUGAAUGAAUGAAUGAAUAAAUGAAUGAAUGAAUGAAUGAAUGAAUGAAUGAAUGAAUGAAUGAAAAGUCUACUUUUAACCUUGCAACGGUAUUCCGUAUAGUGCUUGACAAAUUAAAUGCAAGGGGUUAUGAGUAAGUAGGAGUAUUUUGGGGACUUCAAGGGUUGCUCUCUCGAAAGAGAAGAGGCGACAGUUCUAUGUAGGCUAUGAUCAAAAUACUUGAGAUCUGUGAUAAAUUUGGUCACUGUGCUUAUGUACUGUACAUGACUGACCGGCUCAACUUGUCAAAAAACAAAUGUAGGCCUACUAAUGAAUAUCGGGAUUGAUUAGUAUGAAAUGUGGUGCAGGUACUUAUUCUGUCAUUUCUUCCUCUCGAGUUAAUAAUGUAUGUGUAGUGAGGGCAAUGUCAUGCUUAAGCAUUUAGACGUGUGAUGGGGUCUACAGUUUCUACAUAAUGAAACACAAAAACAAACUGAAAUAUGUUUUAACUUUGGGUGAAAAAA